GUUAGAAGGGCGUGGUCUUGUUCUCUUAAAACUUUGCUGUACUGCGCAUGCUCGUUCUUUUCUCUACAAGAAGAAGGGUCAGAGAUGGGGAGGUACGCUAUAGAGCCAGAGAAUUCUAGUAAAUCGUGUAAGGCCCGGGGCGAGGACCUUCGUGUCCACUUUAAGAACACCCGGGAGGCGGCUCAGGCCAUUAAGGGCAUGCAUCUGAAGAAGGCCUUGAGGUAUCUGAACGACGUCCUUGAAAAGAAACAAAUCAUUCCAUUUAGACGAUUUAGUGGUGGCGUCGGAAGAAAAGCGCAGGCAAAGAACUUCAAGACUCCUGGGUCCCAAGGUCGUUGGCCUAAGAAGAGUUGUGACUUUCUGAUAGGGCUGCUCCGUAAUGCUGAGAGCAAUGCAGAGGUCAAGAUGCUCAACACUGACGCACUUGUCAUAGAGCACAUCCAGGUCAACAGAGCCGCCAAACUAAGGAGAAGGACGUACAGAGCACAUGGCAGAAUUAACCCCUUCAUGACGUCUCCUUGUCAUAUCGAGAUGUUUCUAAUGGAGAAGGAUGAAGCCAUCCCUAAAGGAGAGGACGACACUACUCAGAAAAAGAAGGUCUCACAGAAAAAGCUGAAGAGGCAAAAGUUAAAGGCAGCUAUGUCCGGAGGGGUGGACUAACUCAGACACUCAGAGAUCUUGAUUGUGUUAUGCAUUGUUUUGAAAUGAUGAGAAAAUUGUGCAAUUACAAUCUUCAGGUUCUGGUCGUUAAUGAUGAAAGUGUGAA